AGAGUGAGAGAGAGAGAAAGAGAGAGAGUGAGUGAGAGCGAGAGAGAGACAGUAUGUAUCCAUUGCAAUUGCUAGCUGCUGCCUGGCUUAGCCUCGCCUGGCUAAGCAGCUGCCAAGGCUUUGGCCAGUUCCACAUGAAGCGCUACCAGCUGCAGCGCGGCUACAAUCCAGAUGACUCCAGCGAGAAUGAUAACAGCGUGUUACGCUCCUAUCGCCGCUGCAUGUGGGAGCAGUCAAAGUUCCUGCCGCGCCGGCUCGUCCUGCUCAGCCUCUGCUCGAACCUGUUCUGCGAGAACAAUCAGAUCAUGCCGCGCUCCAGCUGCCUGGACAUACUGCCGGAGCAGUGCGAGCAGGGCGACGAGGAGGACCUCAUGUACAAGCCCUUCCCCGACUGCUGCCCCGUCUACUGCAAUCUGAAGCGUCGCAUGCAGCGCUUGCGGACAAUGCACUUCCGGCAUCGCAUAUUGCGCAACAUGCAGGACGCCGCCUCGUCCUCGUCCUCCUCCAGCGCCGACGGCAACACCCUGCUCAGCGAGAUGGGCUACAACAACUACUGAUGCUGGCCACUGCUCCUCCACUUUGUCAACUCUGUGGCUAGGCGCACCAGCUGAUUGCCAAUUGUGUUGCAGUUCUCCAUUCUGAUUGGAAUUCGGCUGACGGCUCGCCCGUCUAGACGCAGCACUUGAGGUCUGGCCCGGAGCACAUACGUUUACUUUACUCUACCGAAUACUAGAAUACCCUAACUAUCGUAUACCCUACAAGCAAGUCUUCAAUCAAGCUAUCGAUUAAUCGCACAGUUGAUGCGUAGCUGAUGAUUGAUGUAAAUAAACUUUAUCAAGUACUGUA